AGUAUUAUAAAUUUAUAAUCUCCUGUGCGCUGACGAAUUGUUGUCUGUCUCUAUUUCCCACUCACAACCAGCAAACAAAACAAAACCCUUGACAGUUGACACCUUCAUCUUCAUCUACAUCUUCAUCAAAUCUCACAGAUCCAUCUCCAUGGCUACUUCCGAUCGCGAGAUCUUCGUCUACACCGCUAAGCUCGCCGAGCAAGCCGAACGUUAUGAUGAAAUGGUGGAAGCAAUGAAGAAGGUUGCAAAGAUAGGCGUGGAACUGACUGUGGAAGAGAGAAAUUUGCUGUCGGUUGGGUACAAAAACGUGAUUGGUGCUAGGAGAGCCUCGUGGAGGAUUCUGUCGUCAAUAGAGCAGAAAGAAGAAUCAAGAGGGAAUGAUCAGAAUGCGAAACGUAUCAAGGAGUAUAGGCAAAAGGUCGAAUUGGAGCUUGAUACCAUUUGCAAUGAUAUCAUGAGUGUCAUCAAUGAUCAUCUCAUUCCUUCAUGUGGUGGUUCUGGUGAAGCAAGUGUCUUCUAUUACAAGAUGAAAGGGGAUUAUUAUAGAUAUAUGGCGGAAUUUAAGUCUGGUAAUGACAAGAAAGAGGUUGCUGAUCUUUCAAUGAAAGCAUAUGAGGCAGCAACAAAAACAGCCGAAGCUGAAUUGCCUCCGACACACCCAAUUCGGCUGGGGCUUGCUUUAAAUUUCUCAGUGUUUUACUAUGAGAUUUUGAAUUCGGCUGAAAGGGCCUGCCACCUGGCCAAACAGGCUUUUGAUGAAGCAAUUUCAGAGCUUGAUACUUUGAAUGAGGAGUCAUACAAAGACAGUACGUUGAUUAUGCAACUUUUGAGGGACAACCUCACUUUGUGGACUUCUGACAUUCCGGAAGAAGGUGAAGAUGCACACAAACACGAUGGAGCUACAAAAACUGGCGGCGAGAUCGAAAAUGGAGAGUGAAUGAGAGAUGCAUUGGUGCUGGUUCCGGAUUAAAGGUGGUGAUGUGAUGGUUGUUUAUGAUUAGAUUUUGGAGGAUUGGUUUGGCCAUCUGGUAGUUUUUAUCUUUUCAGUGACUAUCCAUUUCCAACUCAACCUCUUAGCUGUUUUUAUGCUUAAUGCCUUUGUUUUUCUCUUCAUUUUUUUCUGGAUUGUUAUUAAGAGUGUGAUUGAAAUGCUUGAAUUGAAGUUUGCAAAGUUUGGCA